UUUAAUAGUUUUCCCUGUAAGCCUAGAUCUUCAGAGGUGGAUGAAUGCUUUUUCUUUCUCUUUGUAACAUCUUUUCAUUACAUGACUCCCUUUGUCGUUACACCUAUUCCAUUGUGUUGAUCACUUUGAUUGUUACGUUUGUGCGACUUCUAUUAACCAACAGGGCUGUAACGGCAAUGAUAAAAGCCCAUUUCCAAUGAUGCAGAGACACAUCCCGAUGUGAGCUCAUAAUCGCCAACAAGGAAGAAGCCCUGAAGAGCCUGGGUGUCAAAAUCGACUUGAAAUCACACUUGAAAUCCGUAGGGAGCAGGCUUUGAGCAAGAAGCGAUUUGCACUGGCAUACGAUCCUUACAAUCCGGAGAAGGAAGAGGUUCUGCAGCGUAGCCGGACACAGCACAGCCGGGGGUGGGAAUUACCGCCCUGCUGGCUGCUUCCCACCGCUCGCUGUGCCGUGCAGCGGGGCCAGCUCGCUCCCUCCCCUCGGGCUUUCGUGGCGAAGAAGAUGCUUUCUUCCAAAAUGACUUUCCAAGCCCUGGUUUUGAGUCUGGUUUGUGUUGUGCUUGGAAAGGCAAAAGUGGUUACGCAGACUGAGCAAAGAGCGGUGAAGGUGGGCGACAGCGUGACUCUCAGUUGUGCCCUGACAGAGCCCAAGGAUGUCGUGCAAGUUACAUGGCAGAAAGACAAUGUAAAAUCACAAGAUAACAUAGCUACAUACAGCAAGACAGCAGGAUUAAAGAUUCAGAAACCCUAUCAAGACCGGAUAAAUUUCACUAGCCUGAUGCUCAACAACACAAGCAUCACCUUCUGGAGCACAAGAGUAAAUGACACAGGGUGCUACUUGUGCUUGUUCAACACCUUCCCUUUAGGCUCCUUUUCAGGACGUUCUUGUCUUGGAGUCUAUGGUCUCAAUGCAUCUAUCCACUACAAUGUUUCUGAAGGUCAUCUGAUAGCCACCUGUAGUGCUGUCGGCCUCCCAGAACCCACUAUCAGCUGGAACAGUGCAUUCAAUUAUACUCCUACACAGGAGAAGUUCAAAUAUGAUAAUGGGGUCGUGUCCAUCACCAGUCAAGUGAAGGUCUAUGACUUUCAGAACAGCAGCAAAGAGGACUUGACCUGCAGAGUGAGCAACGAGAAUGAAGAAAUGGAAUUGCCCAUAAGUAUGAAAAAAAAAGAGGGAUUCAGGUUCUUGGGGCUGGCUAUUGCUGCGACUCUAUCACUUGUCAUCUUGGUCCUGGUUCUCACUGCACUGUGUUGGAGGAAGAAGAUAUGUAAGAGGAGCUGAAAUGGAUUGCAGAGGAUUUCCAUUCAUCUCCUGGAUCAUUACAGCCUAGCAUCCCGGAGUCAACACUAAAGCAGAGACUUGCACAACUGGAAAGUAGCAGCAGUAAAAGGAAAAUACGUCAAGACUAAAGUGCUGAGCUCUCUAGUCAGCGUCUUCAUUGCUGAAAGACUAGCACAGUGUUUGAUUUCUGAUGUAAACACUACAUCACAAGGAAGAGGACCAGAGGGAAUGCUCAGUCCUCUCUUCUGCUGCCAGACAAUAUCUGCUCUGCUCAUGCCAUUCUUGGUACUGCUGGUCUGCAAAUGUAUUUGCCUUCUUCCCAUGGAAGCUGUGAGCAAUCUGGGGGUUCUCUUCCAGUGUGUAACUGCUCUCAGUAAAGAGCUGGGGGGAUUAUUUUACUAAUAGCUUUCUGCAGUGUUAUGUUUUGCAACUCAGUGACUCAUUUUCUUUCUGUCAUCUCCUUUUCUUCUUUCUUAUUCAGCUAAUGCAGCUCCUUCUCCUUGCUUGAAAGCAUCAACAGCUGUAUUUCUGAGCUACCUAUAGAGAGAGAUCUGCUGCUGGUGGUCUCAAACCACACCAAAUCUGCUGAAAUUAUUGGUAAAAGGUCAGUAGGAGUCAGGUGAAAGAUUAGUGGUAAUAGCAGCCAUAAUUGGGAAAGAAGUCUUUUCAGUAAUUUAUUUUAUAUGGCUUUCUUUCAAAUCCUGUUUUGGUUUGUUUGUUAGUUAUUUGAUUAUUUAAUAUGUAAAUGAGGAGAAUAUUGAAACAAAGCUCAGUAGUGGAACUACUGUCAUACCCUCCUUUCUGUCUGCUUUCCUGUUGGUCUCUCUCUGCCUUCUGAUGCAGUGCUGUUAGUACCCCAGCCUUUUCCUUGCUUAGUUGCCAAAAGGCAUGGUCUUGCCUUCUUGAUCAUCCUCGUGGUCACCUGAUACACUGCUCCAUCCCUUGUCUCCAUCUAUUCUUGUUGCUUGUAUUUGAGCAAAGACAAAUGGCUCUGUUGGCCAAAUGCAAUUAUUCCAUGCCUAGACUUUGUCACGUGAGAUGUUACACCCCAAGCUAACCACGUUACAGCACUAUGGAUUUAAUGGGAUCAAUGGAGAGUUUUACAGAAGCUGAAUUUGCUACUUUGCCAUGAUUUUGAUGGCAGGUGGAACCGGAGCCUCUCCAGUUGUUUUUUUUCUUUUCCCCUCUGAUUACCAACCCAUGGCUGAUAGCUUUGGACUAUCAACUGAUUUUCUUUUCUAUACAUAUUUUUAGUGGUGUUAUGUGUCUCAUGUGUAUUGCUUAAUUAUUAUCUAUGCAAAGUUGCUUUCUUUACUGAUGUCCUGCUUUGUUUAUUUGUCUUUACCAAAGAGAAGUGGAAUAAAGAAAUUUUGAAAGUAA